AUGUCGCUAUGCCCUGACAACUCAACACAAUGUCUACUUCGAGCCCUCCUCGAAGACAAUUCCACCCGAGCACUACUCCAAGAGCUCAUUGAAACCACCUCACGGUUCAAUUGGGAUCCUUUAAAUUUCGCAAUCACUGCUGCCAUAGGUGUCUUGGCCCUCAUCGUCGCCUGCCUGACCAUUUUUCAGGGUCUACUGGCUGCUGGGCCCGGUCGCAUCAAAGCAAGCAAAGUCGCCAUCGGCCCAUUCGCCGAACUAUCAAAGUCGCGAUUCGAUUUUACGGAACUGGGUCUGCGUACCAAGGCAUCAGUCCCUUCCAUCAAUCGCAUGAAUAAGAUCCAUCGAAUCGAUCGAGAAUUCCCUGACCAUGUCUGUUGCAGCAAGCACAACCCCGCUGUCGGGCCGAGUGAACCAGGAGCAUCAUGGCUCAGACUUUUAACUGAACUGGGUAUAUCAGAUCCUAGGAUCUGGUCUAAUGUCGUCCGACAAACCGACAAUCUACCCGCUGACAUCUCUGCUGCUCCAGCGGCCGGGUCGGUCAGUUUCCUCGCCCAUCUAGCAGCAAUCUCUGAUGAUGGCUGUACAAUUGAACGUCUGCCAAAGAGUCGUUUCGUCACCGUCGUGGGCGAAUCCUCCCAGCUGACUUUCCGGGACCAUCCCGUCCUUGGCUCAGUUGCGCUGUAUGAAACCUACCGCGAAAGCCCCAAAUAUCGUGCGAAGAAGAAAAGAAGUAAGACCAAAUACCGUUUGAACAUUAGCGAGCUUCACAGUAUCGGCUCUGCUGAGACGGCAGCUAUGCUUGAUCUGUCAUAUGGUUUGGUCAAGUGUUCAUAUCUUGGCUACGCCGUCAGUGAAGGGUCUGUCCAACUGAGCUUCGGCGUUUUCCUGCAAAAGUUGACGUCUCACUGUAACCAUAAUCAUUUAAAUUCGAAUCUCGAUUCCGUAUUAUUCGGUGGGAGAGGCUCGUAUGGCGCUAGGUACGUCAAAACCUACAUCUUCGCGCUCCUGUUAUUCACCUCCGUCCCUUCUUUGGUGCGAGCAUUCCCGUCGAAGCUCCUCGGGUUGAGGGGAGCUAUCAAACACUUAGCCCUUCAGUUCGAAGCCUGGUCCAAAUCUCCGGACGACGUCAUUUGCGGCCUGCAAAACGCCAUCGAACAACAUAAUGGUUCCUUUCUCCCAGUCUCCACGGCAGCGUAUCCAUUCUACAUUUACGGCGCACGUGCCCGUCACCAUUCUAGUUCUUCUUGGCUUGAAGACUCACCUGGUGCCGGAUGGUGUACCGCCAGCAUGACAAGUGACUUCCGCAAGAGCGAGCAUGAUCUCUUGUAUGCACGGGAUAUGAUUCAACUUUGUUGCGACUGGGUUCAAGAGAUCGCUAAGGAUGGCACUUCGAAUCGUACGGACGGUCAAAUGCCGACAAAAUAUUUGAUGGAGACAUCCACAACUGCCAAACAAAAACUGCUGACAGGUAUUUAUCUAAUCGAUGAUUGGAUUCGCCUUCAUAGCCGCACUGAUGCCAUCUGCGCUGCUUUUUCAAUCAUCAGUCGUAUCGAAUCAGAGCUUGGCAUUAAAUCUCGAGAAAGUCCACUAUUCGACAGGAAUGACCUUCCGCAACCACAGCACGAUGUUUGCGCUGAUCAAACAGCUUUCAAGGGGCUGAAAAUGGUUUUGGUGUAUCGUGCUAUCUUCCUAGGUGCAUUGCUCGAAUUGAGCGCGGAUACGAGCUGCAUCGUAGAGAGAGGUUUUCCUGACUCCAUCGUCAAAGUCCUGUAA